GAAACAAAAAUGGCCGCAAAGCUAAACCCUAAAAUUCUCAAAUUUUCCCAGUAGAUGAACACGUUCUUCAAAGUCGGUAGCUUAAUCCACCACACUGCUUCUCAAAUCCCUUCUUCUUUCCCUAAAUCUCGCUUCUUCUCCGAUGGAGAAAGUGCCGUUUAUCACCAUGCGCGUUUGUUCAAGAAACCAUUAUCUACCAAGUUAAAAUUCAAUCUUGUGAACUCCGUGAGCCUUAUGGGUUUCGUUGAUCGACCCAUACGAGUCAUGGACACCGGACCUGAUAGUUUCGGUGUUUUCACUAUGCUUAGAGUUAAAGACCCUCUCAUUCCAAACCGGAGCUUUAGGAUAUCUCUUAGUAUGUGGGGCACAAUGGCACGGACGUGUAUCUCGUAUCUGAAGCCAAAUGAUCACAUACUUGUCUCAGGCCGACUGGUUUCUCACAGCAAGAGCCUUCGCGAUGAAAAUAGCGGCUUAGAUUUGGAUUACCAGGUUAGAGUGACAGAAGUGAAUUAUGUGGCGGCUCCACCAAAUCACGUCUUAGAUUCUCAGAAUUCCGAAAAACCAGUAGCAGAAGCAGAUGGUAUAGAAGAAUCGAAGAAUGAUAAGAUAUACUUGUGGCAAGUCUUCUUUUCGAAUCCAUAUGAUUGGUGGGACAACAGGAGAGAUAAGAAAAACCCAACGCAACCUGACUUUAAGCAUAAAGAUACAGGUGAAGCUCUCUGGCUUGACUCGGAUAUACCUGAUUGGAUUACUAGACGACUUGAAUUGUUCGACCAGAGAAACCGCUGCUACGAUGAGGAAAAAACACGUCGCGGCCGUCUUUCUGAGUGGCUUUAGGACUAGAUAUUCUUGGGACAUUACAAGUCUGUUGCAUCACUUCAUGUUUAUCAUCCAGACUCCAGAGGAUGAGAGAGUAACGUAAACCAUCUUCAAAACCGUUUAUAUAUAGAAAAGGUUUUGUGAACAUUACAUAUAAGUCACAUGUCUCAAUUGUGACUAUUGCAAAAUAAAUAAUUGGUUAGAUG